AUGACAGGGCUGGGCUCUUCAUGCGGAGCAUGCAAAUUCCUGAGAAGAAAGUGCACAAGCGAAUGCGUGUUUGCACCGUACUUCUGUUAUGACCAGGCUGCAGCCCACUUUGCAGCAGUACACAGAGUGUUUGGCGCAAGCAAUGUCUCAAAGCUAUUGUUGCACCUACCAGUACACAAUCGAGGUGAUGCUGCUAUCACCAUAUCUUAUGAAGCAUUGGCUAGGAUGCGAGAUCCUAUAUAUGGCUGUGUUGCUCAUAUCUUUGCACUCCAACAACAGAUUGCCAGCUUACAAGAGGAGAUAGAAAUUCUUGGGAACCAGAUGGCCAGUCUCCCAGUUAGUGUCGCCAGUUGUGGAAGUUCGCAAACAAUUUCAAACCCGAAUUGUGAGAUGCUGUUUGCCUUCCAACAAGAUGCCAUGGACACGCAAUACUAUCAGAAUCCACAAUCUGCACAACUAAGCAAUCCAGGAUAUACAACUGGGAACCAAACUUUAGACAGCCAAAUGAAUGUACCGCCUCCUCCUUUUUAUGGAUGGGAAGACCAAAACAUUUUUUGCAACUCUCAGCCACGUCCUUUAGAAAGACUCCUCGAAGAAGCGGACAAGGAGAUCUUCACAUAUUGUUCGUGGACGGACAGUGGAAACAUCAUAAUAUGA